AUGAAAUAUAAUAUUUUUAUUUUAUUUAUAUUAAUUACAUUUUUAUCUUCUAUAAAUGGUGAAUGUCAUGUUCAUGAUAUAACAUCAUGUUUAGUUGAGGUUAAGCAAGCUAAUAUAGCUUUGAAUGAAAGUAUUAUAGAUGUAAUUUUAAGCGUAUCCACAGAAGCAAGAUUAAUUAGAUUAUGCAGAAUUUAUGAAAAAACAAAACCUUGUUUCAAGGAAAAAAUAAAUAAAUGUGCUUCACAAGAACAAACUGAACAUUUAGAAAAAGUUGAAAGAUAUUAUAGACGUUUCUGUUCACAAACAUCUCUUCCAUUUCAAAAAAUAUUAUAUAAAUAUGGAAAAUGUUUAAAGUAUGCUAUAGAUAAUUUUAAUGAAGAUAAUUGUAAUGUUACAUCUUCUUCAAAUGUUAAAAUACAGAAAUGUGAACAAUAUUGUGAGGAAAAUAAUGAUGAAUGCCAAAAAAAAAUUGAAGACUCAAAGUAUCAUCUUUGUGAACAUGAUUUUGUAACUGAACAAUGUGGCUCACAAGCAUCACAAUUUUUUGAUAUGCUAAUGUCUACUGAAUAUAACGAUGAAUAUCCGAUAAAUUGUAAUUAUAAAAAUAAUACUACAAAAAUAGGUUACAAAGAAAAUAUUAAUAAAAAAAAUACUAAAACAAAAAAAGUUAUCAAUCAAAGAAUUCCUAACAGUAUUCAUGAUAUAUUUAAAUCCUUAAAAUCAAGUGAAACAAAAUCUAAUAUAACUACAACAACUUUAAAUCCUAUAUUUACAAUGAAUCCAUACCAUGCAGCAUAUGUUCCAUUUGAAGAUAAUUCUAUUGAGUCAGAUAACACAACAACCAUAUCACCAAAAAACCCUCAAUCAACAAGAUUUUCAUUAACAGAAUCAACAUUAUCACCUCAAACAGAAAUUUUAUCAACAACAACUUCUAUGAUAUUUCCUCAAUUUGUUUCUUCAUUACCUGAAAAAAAAAUAAUUUUUCCAAAUUUUGUAAAUACAGAAAUGUAUUCCCCAACUCAAAAUUUUAAUUUUCCAUCUUUUAACACUAACUAUGAAUCAUCUUCUCCAAAAGACAUCCCUUCAAAAGCAUCAUUUAUUGUAAAAGUUAAGAAUAAAAAUGAUUUGAAACAAUUUAAGGAAACAGCUAAUACAUAUGUUUCUACUGCGUUAGAUGUUAUAGCAGAUAAAACACAGGAUCUUGUAAAAAAUGCCGUUGUGAGAGAAGUAUUUGCUACAAUUUUACGAUUAUCACCUCAAAUUCUAGAACAAACAGAUUGUUAA